AUGUAUCAAGUUUUAAUAAAAAAUUUCAGAUAUAUACCUAUCGAGAUGAGAGGGAAAGGGGGAGAUAGAGAGAGGUGCGACAGAUUCGAAGCUCGGGGAAGAAGGACAGCAUGGAACUGGGAAAGAUUCAAUCAUAGGAGAGGGAUCCAACAAGAGCAAGAACACGAGGCGGAUGCUGCUCACAGGAACAGAUGGAGGAACCAAGACAUAUGGGGCUAUGAUCGACAUAUUUACAACCAAGCCACUGUGUUCUUCUUCACCAACUUUCUUGACGAUUGGAGCUAUGAAAACAUGUGGCAAACUUUUAAAAGAUUUGGAAGAGUAUUGGCCAUCUAUAGCCCACUGAGGAGAUCAAAGAGGGGGAGCAGGUUUGGAUUCGUCAGAUUCCUUGAGGUUAAAGACGAAUGGGAACUGGAGCACAAAUUGGACCAGAUUCGAAUAGAAGACUUCAAACUUUGGGUCAAUAGACCAAAGUUUAUGGAAAGGGAAAGCCUCAGGAGUACGGACCAUGGGCUCAGCAAAAAAGAAGGUGUAAGAAGGCAAAGGUCCUAUGCCGAUGUUGUGAAGGGAAACGGCGAAGAAGAGCCAAAUCGGGAGAAUAAACAAGAAGCAAUCGGAGACCCAAUUUUUUGGCAACAACAGAGAGGCAACAGGAAAAAAACCCCAUCACAAGUUUGGAUUCCGAAGGCCAAGGAACAGUUUCCAGAGAAAGAUUUGUCUGGUUACGAUGCCAAGGGGUCCCAGCACAUGCGUGGAGACCAGAAUUCUUCGCUUCAAUUGGUGCAGUAUGAGGUCAUGAAUGUUAAGGUUAAUGGGGAGCCUUUCAUUAUUAAAGUUAUGGAAGAAGAGGCCACAAAUGGCAUUUUUUCAAUGAAGUUCGAUCAUAUGUUUAAAAUGAUGAGUGACUCCGACAACAAUGCUUCGGAAUCAUGGUCACUGGAUAGCGAAUUUGACAAUGAAAUAAUGGAGUCCAUCCAAGAAGACGAUGGGUCUAAGGGGUACUGGAACGUACCGGAUGGAAAGAUGGAAGAAGAUGACGUGGAAGAGGAUGACAUUGAGAUGGACAAGGAAACAAGGGGUGAGCUGGCACAUACCCAUUGGAAAAAUGGGCGGCAAACUGCAAAAGAAGACCAGAAUUCAGCUGUGAAUGACGUCUCAAUUAAUGCUGAAGAAGCAUCAUUUCAGAAGGAUCAAGAGAAGGAGAAUAGUAGCACCAGCUCGAGACUUUCCCAGAUGGCACAAAAGGAGCCUAGCUUCUGGGAAGGCUUUAUGACAGAAUCAGGAUCUAAAAAGGAAUGGAUGGGGCGAAAACACAAGAGGCCGAGCAAGCUAAGGAAGAAGAAAAGCAGAUCCUGCACGUCGGUAUACAGAAAAGGAAGAAAGGAAGAUCGACGAAUCAACCCAGAAAGAGGAGCAAAAGGAUCAAAAGAGCGAGAAGCCAAGGAGGGGAUGCCGAAAUUCCAUCCGGGAUCUCAAAACCAAGUGGCAGGCGAAUCUGUCAACGAUAGCGGAAUCGGAAACAGAAAUGAGAUCUUGAAGAGAACUCAAGAAUCUUAGUUCAAGGAGUUAGUGAGAAGAACAUGGAGAUCGACAGAGAUCACAGGGUGGCACGGAUACCGACUAAAAGAAAAACUAAAGGAAACAAAGAAUGCUCUAAAGGUCUGGAGCAGGAACAUGUUGCUUAAGAAAAUGAAGGAGAGCAUGUGGCGACAAAAAGCUAGGAAGACAUGGUUGAAAGAUGGGGAUGCGAACACCAAAUUUUUUCAUAGGUGUGUUAAGGGAAGAAGGAGAAGGAAUGAGAUAGUCAGUACACAGGUGGGAGACAAAGUCAUGGAUCAAGUUAAUGAGAUCAAGGAAGAGGUGGCCAAUCAUUUCGAGAAGGUAUUCACAAAAGACAGAUGGCAGCGCCCCCACCUCGAUGGGAUCGCAUUUAAAAAGAUCUCAAAGGACGAGAAUUCAAUAUUGUUAGCUCCGUUCAGCAAAAAGGAGGUAAAGCAAGCGGUAUGGAGUUGCGAUUGCUCCAAAGCACCAGGACCAGAUGCUUUUAAUUUUAGGUUCAUAAGAGAAAUGUGGGAGGAAAUCAAAGAUGACAUGAUGGGCUAUGUGGAAGAUUUUCAUAAACAUGGAAAACUGGUCAGAGGGGUAAACAGCUCAUUCAUCGUGUUGAUCCCCAAAGUGAUAAAUCCCCAAAAAAUAAAGGAAUUCCAUCCCAUAUCUUUGAUUGGGGUGAUGUACAAGGUGAUAGCAAAGCUCCUUGCUAAUAGACUCGGUGCAGUGGUGGACAAAAUAAUUGGAGAAAGCCAAAUGGCGUUUGUUGGAGGAAGACAAAUGGCGGACAGCAUUGUUAUUGCCAACGAAAUAAUUGAUGAAGCAAAGAGAAAGAAGAAAGCUAGUUUUGCAUUUAAAUUAGACUUCGAGAAGGCAUACGACAAUGUAUGUUGGGAGUUUUUACAGUACAUGAUGUCAAGAAUGGGUUUUAAGCCGAAGUGGAGAAGAUGGAUAGAUGAGUGUUUGAGGACAGCAGAGGUAUCUGUUUUGAUCAAUGGUAGCAACACCAGACAAGUAAAAAUCAACAAAGGCCUUAGACAAGGAGAUCCUCUAUCUCCUUAUUUAUUUUUGAUAGUAGCUGAAGGCCUUAAUGGAAUCAUCUCCUCAGCAGUUAAUCGGGGACUUUUUGAGGGGAUCAAUGUUGGCAGCAAUGAAAUGAAAUGGUCACACCUUCAGUUUGCAGACGAUACAAUCCUGUUUGGAGGCAACAGUAGAAACAUUAAGGUAUGGAAACCCCUGAUCGAGACUUUUAAGAAGAAAUUGUGCUCAUGGAAGGGCAGGUUCCUAUCCCUUGGCGGAAGGAUCACACUUCUCAACUCCGUGCUAUCCAACAUCCCAGUGUUCCUCAUGUCAGUGCACUUGCUCCCUAAAGGCGUGAUCCUCUCCCUUGACAAAAUUCGUAGGAACUUCCUAUGGGGGGGAAAGGAGGGGAAGAGAAAAACCAAUUGGGUUUGUUGGGAUAAAGUAUGUAAAAGCAAAAAGGAGGGUGGGCUCGGAGUUAAAGAGUUGAUAAGCUUCAAUCUUGCAUUGUUGGGCAAGUGGUGGAGCAGAUUAGCAAGCGGGAAUGAUGGUCCUUUAUAUAGGAUCAUUGAAGGAAAAUAUGGGAGAGUGGACGGCCAUUGGCUUGAGUGGGUACAAGAGAAUAGUUAUAAAGGAUCCAGUUGGUGGAGAAACAUUUGCAAGUUAGACCACGUUAUGCACAAUAAAAGGGGAUGGCUUAGCGACGGAUUCAAACUUAAAAUGGGAGAUGGGAACACUGUAAGAUUCUGGAAGGAUGUGUGGAUUGGGAACCAAUCUCUUGCUAACCAAUUUCCUACACUGUUUCGGGUGUCCUCAGGGAAAGAAGAUAGAAUCUGUAAAAUGGGCAAAUGGAGGGAUGGAAAAUGGGAAUGGUCUGUACAGUGGAGGAGAUCAUUGUUCGAAUGGGAGAAGGACAAUUGGUCAAAGCUCCAGGCUUUACUGGAUAACACACAACCUGUACAAGAGCAGAAAGACCGGUGGGAGUGGAAGCAUGAUAAAGAUGGUGAGUAUGUAGUCAAAUCAGCAUACAAUGUGCUCUCAAGCAACAAUGGACAUGACAAAGCAUGGAUUUACAAAAGGAUAUGGAGCAGACUAGUCCCAACAAAGGUCAGUGCUUUCACUUGGCAAGCCUUACAAGACAGAAUUCCCACUAAAAUCAACUUAUUCAGAAAGGGCAUUAUCACUGAUCCUAACCAAGUGCUAUGUGGAUUGUGUGGGGAAAGCACAGAAGACAGCAAUCAUUUGUUUAUUCACUACAGAGAUACUUGCUCAGUGUGGCAAAAAUGCUUGCAAUGGUGGGGGAUAUCAACGGUUAUGACUAAUACCUGCCAAGAAACUUUUGAGCAACACCAAUCUUUUUUUAAAGAAUCAUCAGUGAGAGCAGGGUGGGAUGUGGUUUGGCUAGCAUUCAUAUGGUCUAUAUGGAUGUCAAGGAAUGGAAAGAUUUUUAGAAACUCUGAGUAUGAAGUCAACAGAAUAUUUGAACUUGUUCAACUCAGAGCUUUCAACUGGAUCAAAGGUAAAGCAAAUGAAUAUUCUUUUAACAUGUACGAGUGGAUGAUGGAGCCCGUGUUGUGCUUAAAAGCUAAACGGAAGAAGUAAUCCGGACUUUCAAUGAUGAAAUGUUUCUGCAGGUAGUAUUUUGUGACUGAACCAUUCGGAACCUCAGCUUGCAGCUGAAAGGUUUCGAUAGGGUCAGGAACUGAGCUGCUGGUUUUUCCAGAUAAUGUAAUUUGUAUUAAGGGCAGGGGUACCCCUUGUACUCCAUGAAAUACAAAUCUUUUUUGCUG